UCCAGCGGGCAGUCUGCUGUGAGGAGAGAUGGGGAUGCUGCGGAAGGAGAGCUUUCUGGUCGAUAUUGUGCGCAUGCGCACAGCUGUUUACAACAUCCAUCUGUCACAUCUUUUGUUAAUACACAUUCGAACAAGCAGCUCAGUCAAACGUCACGGAAAUACGCCACGGUUUCCCUCAACAUGACAUCACGUGUGGGCCCUAGAGCUGCUGGCACCAAUGGAAGUGACUUCAAACACAGAGAGAGGAUAGCGCCACAGUACCAAAUGAGUGCUUCCCUAAAGUCAGAGAUACGGAAGUUAAACCUGGUCCAUCUUCUCAUCUGGCUGCUGGUGGCAGCACAAGUGACCGUCAGCCAAUUCGAGCUGGUGUCACAUGACACAGUGUCCACGCCAUACCGGUGGGAGUACCCCUACCUUCUCAGCCUCCUGCCUCUGCUCUGCAGCAGCCUAUCUCUUCCAAAGAACAAUAUCAGUUACCUGGUCAUAUCCAUGAUCAGCGCAGGGUUGUUCUCCAUAGCGCCCCUCAUAUAUGGUGGAAUGGAGAUGUUUCCUGUAGCGCAGCAACUGUACCGCCAAGGAAAGGCCUACCGCUUCAUUUUUGGCUUCUCUGCAGUGACUAUUAUGUACCUCAUCAUGGUGGUUGCUGUUCAGGUGCAUGCAUGGCAGUUGUAUUACAUGAAGAAGCUGUUAGACUCAUGGUUUAACACCACUCUGGAGAAGAAGAAGAAAUAAUGGAGUGAUCAAAGUUGUGACUGGGCAAAACUGUGUGCGUUUUGUUUUUUUUUUCUUAAUGUGUGCAUACACUUAUGAGUCUCCAUGUCAACUUAGAGUUAUUACAGAUAUUAUCAUGAAACAUUAUGUUAGACAACUGUGUAGGAUAGAGUAAAAUGUACAAUUUAUGCAGGAACUUGGAUUUUUUUUAUUUUUUUGUCACUUUUAUUUAUUCAAAGCCCACUCAAUCAGGAGUGGCGUCUUAACAACAUCCAUAAACAUAGCAUUCAUCUGCUUUGUACCCUCUUCACGACUGGGUCUAAUUUGCAGCUUUUCUCCAAACAGUGAAAUAGAUCAUUGAUAACCAGGACAUCAUUGUUAUCUCUCUGUAAAUAUUGCCAUGAUUCAAACAGUAUAGAUGUAGAGGUGUUUUUACUUAUACAUCAGUGAGGGCGUGAUUGUUCCGACACACAUAUUUUGCUUAGAAACUGGUACUGUACGUGCGAAUGGAAGAAGGCUUGCCUGUGUUGCAGCUGUGCUGAUGUUGUUUACCCAUCACAAUAUAUUUUUUUCCCGCUUCAGAUUGCAUAGAGCCAAGAAAUAAAGGUCAUAAUCACAGUA